GUUGGACUCAGGGAUUAGUGGCCACAUGACUAGUCAGCCUUCACGGUCGCUGGAGUGUGUUUCGUUAUUCAGGCUCUCCCGGUUUGGAGCAGGGCAGGGGCAUUCAUUCGAAGCAAUUUUAUUUAGUUUGAACAACCGACUUCGAAUUAUAUAAAAUCACGUAAACUUUCUUUAAAUUAUUUGCAUGGUCGAGGCUCUUUCUGUUUGCGCGUAGCCUAUCUCUCGAUUGGGUAAAGAAAGGAGCGCGUAAUCCAUUUCAGCCAUGGCGCAGGGCAUAACCGGAGAGAAGUAUUGGGAGGAUAGAGUAGCCUUCGAAACAGAAGGAGCAGGUCAAGAAGUUGUAGAAUAUGGUGAUGUUUUGGAGCUUAAUCGAUUUGACGGACUACCCUACUCCUCUCGAUAUUACACAUUACUGAAGGAAAGAAUGGAUCUGCCAGUUUGGAAAGCCAAGUGUGAUUUCAUGGACAAGCUGGCCAACAGGCAGUUUAUUAUUGUCUCUGGCACGGCAAGAACUGGCAGAAGCUCUCAGUGGGGAGUACUGAACCGGUGCACACUUCAGGAGAAAAGAGAGAUGUUCAAACUGAUCCCCCAGUGGUGUGCGGAGUUCUGCCUGGCUGUCCAGUACCAGAAUGGCAUGGUGGUGUGCACCCAGGUCCACAGGCAACAUACAGUGGAUCUGGCCCUGCGGGUCGCUGAUGAGAUGGACGUCAACAUCGGCCAUGAAGUGGGCUACAGCAUCCCCCUAGAGACAUGCUGCUCUGGUGACACUGUUCUCAGGUACUGCACUGAUGACAUGCUGCUCAGAGAGAUGAUGUCAGACCCCAUGCUGGAGCACUACGGUGUCAUCGUCAUCGACCAAGCCCACGAGAGGACGGUCGGUACAGAUGUUCUACUGGGCCUUCUCAAAGACAUCACCCUGCAGAGGCCCGAGCUCCGCGUGGUGCUCCUCACAGCUACACACCCAGGACCCAAACUACUGGGCCACUACAAGAAUGUCCCACUGAUCCAGCUGGAGGGGGUGUGUUCAGCGGAGGUGGUGUAUACUGGUACCAGCCACAAGGACUACUUCUGCUCUGCCCUGCGUCUGGUUCUGGAGAUACACCACUCCCAAGAGGAAGGGGAUAUAGUCGUGUUUUUGGCCACAACUCAAGAGAUAGAUCUUGCCCGUGAUAUUCUCCUUCGCGAGGAGGCCAAUAUACCCACACAUCUAGGGGAACUUCUCCCUAUCUCGGUGCACCCUGGGCUGGGUGGAACUCUGCCCAUGCCGGGUGAAGAGGAAGGCCGGUGCAGAAGAGUAUUCCUCACCUCCAGUCCAAAUGAAGACCUCUUUUGGGCUGUGCACAUGCUGAACUUUGUCAUUGAUGCCGGUGUCCAGAAAAGAAAUGUUUAUAACCCUAGGAUCAGGGCGAACUCAGUCGCCAUUCAACCUAUCAGUCGGAUCCAAGCAGAAAGCCGCAAACAGCUUGUAGGUCCAACAGGGAAGAGUUUUUGUCUGUACCCAGAGGAUACACCCCUGCCCAGUGAGACACGCCCCCACAUCCUCGAGUCUGACAUCACAUCCACAGUGCUCUUCCUGAAGAGGAUGGACAUCGGCGGUCUGGGCCGCUGUGACUUUAUCGACAGGCCAGAUCCUGAGGGUCUGAUGCAGGCCUUGGAGGAACUGGACUAUCUAGCAGCCCUGGAUGAUGAUGGGAACCUGUCGGAGAUUGGCAUCAUCAUGUCUGAGUUCCCCCUGGAGCCCCAGAUGGCCAAGACACUACUGGCCUCCUGCGAGUUUGACUGUGUCAAUGAGGUGGUCACCAUCGCCGCCAUGCUGACAGCACCAAGCUGCUUUCUGGUCCCCUCAAGGGAGUUGAGGCUAGAGGCCUCUCAGUGUCACCUGAAGUUCCAGCACCCAGAGGGAGACCACUUCACCCUCAUCAACAUCUACAAGGCUUUCAAACAGAACCAGCAUGAGCCCUUUGUCAGUGUGGAGAAGUGGUGUCAGGACUACUUCCUGAGUCUGUCUGCCCUGCAGACGGCUGAUGCUAUCCGCUCUGAGCUGACUGACAUCCUGAGGAGGAUAGAGCUGCCUGUCUCCAUGCCUUCCUUUGGCUCCAAGGGAAACACUCUCAACAUUAAGAGAGCGCUGCUAGCUGGCUUCUUCAUGCAGGUGGCAAGGGAUGUGGAUUCAUCAGGGAAUUACUUCAUGUUGACACACAAGCACGUGGCCCAGAUCCACCCUUUCUCUGCCUACGGCACCAAGACACCCAAACUGGGCCUGCCGGAGUGGGUCCUCUUCCAUCAGUACUCCUUCUCAGAGGACAACUGCAUCCGCACCGUGUCCCACAUAUCCCCAGAGGAGUUCAUUCAGAUGGCUCCACAGUACUUCUUCUUCAACCUGCCUCCCAGCGAGAGCAAGGACAUCCUCCAGAACAUCUUAGACAAUGGAGCUGAACACUACAAAGCGAAGAAGCUUCAAAAGAGCCCCAGCCUAGAGAGCAUACCAGAAGUCACCGCCAGUUGUGUCAUACAGUGAUUGUGAAGGCCUUGGUUGAGAAUGUCUUGGGAGGCAUAAACUCCCUACUCAUUCCCCGGUACUGUAUUAUAUGAUCAUUUUCACCAGUGUUACCUUUCAGUCUUCUCAUCACCAGUGUUACUUUUGAGUCAUUGAAACUAAGAAUAAUGUUAAUGUCAGGCUAUUAGUUAAUUACUGGAAUUGAAUUAUGGGAAGAAAAGUGACACUAUCUGUCCAGAUUGCCAAUGUGUUAGUUUUAGCAAUAUUUAUAUAGGCAUCCUUUCUAGUCAAUGUAUAUUUAAUUUAUAGAGCCCUACGUAUGUACAGGGAUGUACGUUGUUUCUUGGAACUUGCAGUUUAAUAAUAAACACACCACUAAAAAUGCAUGUUUGAAGAGUACUUAGCCUAAAUGCAAAUCUAGGGCUCUAUUCAAUCCGUAUUGCGAAAGUUCAGUAUUACAGCGUGAUUUAAAUGUAAAGGCAAUGUUCCCGCACUAGAGAAUGCAUUCAAGGUAAAUGCUGCAAAUGUCAGCUCAAUCGGAAAUGACCUUUACAUUUCUAUCGCGCAAUCUGUAACGCUUCAAAUAUGUAUAUUUAGUCAGUCCAAAAGCAAAAAAAAACAGCUUAGACACUUAACCCACACGGGCGUAUUCUUUACACUUUGCUCUUAUCCUCCACUGCUCAGUUGGACGAUUUCCCUUACUUUUCUGUUAAAUGACUCUAGGCUGUCAUAGUGCAUAAAAUGUGUGUCCCAGACGGAUUAGCACAGAGGAGCACAGGGACAUCAUUUGGGUUUGUUGCUCCAUCUGCUGUGAAGAGAGAAGGGAUAGGUGGGGUGGGGGUGACCUAAUUCAGGGACAGUGCAUUACAGUAUUGUAGCUACAUGAGGCAUUACAGCACCAUGUGACCUCUUUAGUCCUGCAUACAUAAGAUCCAGGGCAUUUUAUAUACAGACAGAAAUAAGUUGAACUUCUUGGCACUAAGGUUGGCGUUGUGUAGUAGUGUUCAUACACUGUCGUUACCAAAGUGAACCAAGACAAGGUGAUUAGAAAUAUAUACUAACCUUUAUUUCAAGUCAAGGCAAACAUGCAGGCACACACAUUCAAACACAUUAUACCGCAACCAUUACAAAUUAUCCUUUGAAUUAAUCAUUUGCAUUCAACAUUGCCUGCAGGCUAUUGCACAUUUUCACUUUGAAAUGUUGUAACAUUAACUUCAUUUCAGCUUCCGCAACUUGUUUCUUCAAAGCAGUUACUAUAAUUCAGGUUUAUAAAACCAAAUCCCGUUGCGAUACAAGUACUCCAAUGUUUAAGUUCAUGUAUCCCUCAUUUAGUUCGGGACAACAAAGUAAAAUGUAUAUCUAAUUUAAUUUCCAAAUCCCCUUUACAAAACAAUGUCAAUUGAAAAGGUGAAGUGCAGGAAUUGUAAAACAAAAUCUAUCAAAAGGCAAAAUUGUGGAUUGCGAUGUGGUAGUAAGGCACAGCUGGUGAUAAUUUCACAUUGCAGGUGCAAAGAGCAUUGAACACCUUGAUAAGGGUCUGUUAUUUCGGUUGUCAUCAUGACCCUGCCCCAGAGGUCCCCACUUCCUGUCUGUGGGGUCAGCUGUUGCAGGAGGUCAAGGAAGAGCUCUACACGUCUGAGGAGUGGAGCAGUCUUCAGCAUGAAGUAGCUUAGAGUAACCAUUCUUAUAGGUCUUCAGAAGCUCCUCGACCUUAUUUCUAUUGUUUUUAAUCAAAGCUAUGCUUAAAGGGAUAGUGAGAGAUUUAGUCAAUUAAGCCAUUUUCCACUUAACCAGAGUCAGAUUAACUCAUAUAUACCAUUUGUAUGUCUCUGUGUGCAGUUUGAAUGAAGUUGCUAACUAAGGUCAACACAAUUGAUAACUAACAUUAACACAGCGACUGGAAGAAUUCUAGCUGUACCUGAAGAUUUCCAGUCAUUGCUCUAAUGCUAGUUAGCAAUGGCUCACGGAACUACCUUCAAAGCUGCAUGCAGAGACAUACAAAUGUUGUAUUAAUAAGGCGUACAGCAGUCAACGUCAACAGUGAAGAGGAAACUCCGGGAUGCUGGCCUUCCAGGCAGAGUUCCUCUGCCCAUCUUAAUCUUUUAUUGGCCAGUCUGAGAUAUGGCUUUUUCUUUGCAACUCUGCCUAGAAG